CGCUCGGCUCCGUGCUGUGUGUGUGUGAUGUCUGGGCUAGAGAGUGGAUUUUAAAGAUGGCCGGAGCGGCUCCCGUCUACUGUGUCUGCCGGCAGCCGUACGAUGUGAGCCGGUUCAUGAUCGAGUGCGACAUCUGCAAGGACUGGUUCCAUAGCAGCUGUGUAAAAGUUGAGGAGCAUCAGGCGGCUGAUAUUGACCUCUACCAUUGUCCAAAUUGUGAGGUACUUCACGGACCCUCCCAGUUGAAGAAGAGAAGGAGCUGGCAUCGACAUGAUUACACGGAGGCAGAUGAUGGUUCAAAGCCAGUCCAGGCUGGAACGAGGACUUUCGUACAGCAGCUGCGAGCGCGAUCCUUCCCCAGCGCCGAUGAGAUUCUGUUGCGGAUGAAUGGCAGCCAGCUGACGCAGAGGUACUUGGAAAAGCAUGGAUUUAAUCAACCGAUUAUGGUGCCGCAGCUGGACGACCUAGGUCUCAGACUACCACCUCCCAAGUUCUCAGUGAUGGAUGUGGAGCGCUGUGUCGGUGGGGACAAGAUCAUUGAUGUCAUCGAUGUGGCGCGGCAAGCCGACAGCAAGAUGAAGCUGCGGAACUUUGUGAAAUACUUUAUGAACCCCGAGCGACCCAAAGUAUUAAAUGUCAUCAGCCUGGAGUUCUCAGACACCAAGAUGGCGGAUCUGGUUAAAGUGCCAGACAUCAGUAAAAAACUUUCUUGGGUAGAGAACUACUGGCCUGAUGACUCUGUCUUCACAAAGCCCUUUGUUCAGAAGUAUUGCCUGAUGGGGGUGGAAGACAGCUACACCGACUUUCACAUAGACUUCGGUGGCACCUCUGUCUGGUAUCACGUCCUGUGGGGGGAGAAGAUCUUCUACUUGAUAAAGCCCACAGACGAGAACCUGGCACUGUACGAAUCGUGGAGCUCCUCGGUUACCCAAAGCGAGGAGUUCUUUGGGGACAAGGUGGACAACUGUUACAAGUGUGUGGUGAAGCAGGGGCACACACUCUUUGUACCAACAGGCUGGAUUCACGCUGUCCUCACGUCUCAGGAUUGCAUGGCCUUUGGCGGGAACUUUCUGCACAACCUAAACAUUGGCAUGCAACUCAGGUGUUAUGAGAUGGAAAAAAGGCUGAAGACCCCUGAUCUCUUCAAGUUCCCUUUUUUUGAGGCUAUUUGUUGGUUUGUGGCCAAAAAUCUACUUGAAACAUUGAAAGAGCUAAGAGAAGAUGGUUUCCAUCCUCCAAACUAUUUAAAGCACGGCGUGAAAGCGUUAAUUACUGCUCUGAAGAGCUGGAUGAAAAAAGAGUCUGUAGCAGAACAUGCGUUUGAGAUCCCAGAGAACAUCAGACCCGGGAAUCUUAUUAAAGAGUUAUCUAAAGUGAUUCGCUCUGUUGAGGAAGAAGGGAGCAAGCCAGUCAAAUCUCAGGGAAUCCACGGGCUGUGCCCGCUCUCCCGUUCCUCACACGAGAAGUCGUCGCAUCUCUCCAGGCGGAAAGCCAGGCAGCUGCGAGACCAUUCCAACAAAGCCCCCUCGAACCUAGAUAUCCUGGAGCAUCACACCAGGGAGGUGCUGAAAAGGUUGGAAAUGGCUCCGUGGGAAGAGCCCUCCUGUCAAUCUUACUCAUGUGUAAUAGUCCCUUCCCAAUACAAGUGCUUGGAGGAGUGGCCUAGUGGCAAAGGGCGGACAUGGCUGGUCCUAAAAGAUGAGAGAACGCAGGACGUGGGCACUUAUAAGUUGAAUUUGAAAUUUAAUAAAUCACUACAACCUUCUUCGACUGUGCCUGACCGGAAAACGAAAGAUAACAACUUUCGCUUGCUUCUGUCUAACGGGAGGAUAAUAAGAGAUGAAAGACAGCCGUUCACCGACCGGAGUCUGUACACUGCGGACAGUGAGGAUGAAGACGACCGAGGGAGGUCGAAAAAAACAAAGGCGAUUAAAAUAGAGCAGCCACGCCCCAGUUCGGAGGCGGAUGACAAAGCAGAGAUUCAGAAACCACUAAAUAUGUUUUUUGAAAGUGUCAAAUCGGAGCUCAGGAACGGAACCUCAGAAUAUUCCGAUAUUUCUGAUUCUGAAGGAUCCAAUUCCAGUUGCACUAACCAGCAGAAAGACUCCUCGGAGGAUUCGGACAGCUCAGGUGAUGACCAGGAACACACUGCAAGCGUUAAGGAAGAGGACACCGGGUCAACCUGUGGUGAUGAUGAACGUUACUGGUCCGCUAGUGAAAGGGCAGAGAAAAGGGAACGUCCGAGCUCCACCAGCAUGGAGGAGGAUGCGAUUGAGGGUAUGCUUUCCAUGGCCGCUUUGCACUACUCUUCUGGAUCGCCCGCCGAGGUGAAAAGCACGGGCUACAAUCUGGAUCAUAUUUAUCCUCAGCUGCGCAUCAAAUUGUCUCAGGAGAAGCUGGAUUCCGAAGAACCGAAAUUGCUGAACAACGGUCACCAUGGGAAAGAUGACGACGACGACCUGUCCACUUCAGAAUGGAUGAGUCAGAGAGAUUCCUCUUAUAGGUCAAAUGCUCAGGAUUACUGUAACAUUGUAAAAGCUCAGAGGCGGGAACAUUCUACCGAGUCCAGCAGGAACCAUCACAAGAUUAAACGCUAUUCUGAGAGCGAUGGCUGGGACUCCCCGAGGUACCAGCCUGAGAAAUACGACCAGGAGUCCAGUUUGAGUCCCGGCGACUGUCACCUGAGCGAAGGCAGCCUGAGUCCAGACAGGAUAUAUGGAGACCCCUCGCCAACUGUGCCCCUGCACCCUACAAAGAGACCUGCCUCAAACCCACCCCCUAUUAGUAACCAGGCAACAAAAGGUAAACGGCCAAAGAAGGGCAUGGCAACAGCCAAGCAACGCCUCGGCAAAAUCUUGAAGCUCAACCGACAUGACCAUGCACGCUUCUUUGUUUGACGACCUACAUUUCUUGCUUUUUACUUCAUGCAUAUUACAGUAUUGAGGAAAGCGUAGGCCUGGAGCCUUUUGCCUUCCAUUUACCAAGGGUGGACCUACAAGUUCCACACCAAACACUGCCUGAUGAACAAAGAUUUUUUUUAUUUUAUUUUUAAUGCUCUUUUGGUUGGUUUUUUUUUUUUUUUACGCUUUCACUGUGCCACACCCACUCAGCAAUAACUGGAGGAUAAUUUCCAAUCAGAAUUCUUGCGUGGUAGUCGGAGCCCUUCUAACUUUGGGUAUGGAUUUGGAAUAGAAUUUGCUCUUCUGAUUUUUCUCUGAAUUUAUUUCUCUUUGUGCAGCUGGGAGUGGUGUGGGAGUAGGGCACUGCGGGUGCUUUUGGGAAGGGGAGGGGGUGUUCAAUAAUUUAUUGCAAACAGAUUUCUAAAUGAUUUUUUGCUCCUAGAACAAAAAAAAUCAUUUUUUUUUAUUAUUUAUUUCAGAUAUUGUUUUUGUAGGGUCUUUUUAAUUUUUGGAUUUUAAGCAAUGUGAAUUUUUUUAUUUUUUUAUUUUUGUGUAUGUUUUUGUGUGGUGAAAGGGAGGGCCACACAUUUGGGGAGAUUUCUCGCUUUCUUUUACUUGAUAUUCAGGAUGUAGUCUUAAACAGGGAUUUGAUGCGUUUUUAUUUUAUUUGUUUUGUAAAUUAAGACAUUAAUAUGAAAUCUAUUUUUAUUUUUCAAAUUUUUUUGCUUGUUUUUGUUUAUUUUUGGCGCCUUUUUAUUUUUUUCCUUUAAAAAAAAAAAAAAUUAUGUAAGCUAUUGGCAGUGUCUCAGCCAAGAAAAAAGUAAACACUGUAUUUUAUUAAUAGGUGGGAGUCGAUCUUUUUCUGGAGAUCCCUCCAUGCUCUUCCUGGAAGAUAUAAGGGCUAAGCUAACUUUGGCAUUUGAGGUUUCUGCUUUUUUACCAGUUGUUUUUUAGUCUACUAUUCAUGGUUUUUAUCCUAGUUUCUCCCAACACUGAUAGAGACAUUGGUUUGGUGCUAGAAAGAAAGAUUUUGUAUGCCACAGAAGCUAUUUCAAAUUAUCUGCAUCUUUUCUUUGCUACUUAAAAACUUUUUAGCAAAUGCUCCUCCAUAAAAUACUGCGCACUGACUUGAUACUGAAAUGCAACGUUUUGAAAUUGUCUGGCCGGUAAAUUGAAUCUACUUUAUAAGGAGGAAUUAUUUUUGUUCAUAACCUUGGCUUAAUUUUUGUUUUAAUGUAAAAUCUGUAUGUUUCUGUUGUGCUUAUUUUUUAUUUCAAAAGAAAAAAAAAAGGAAGAAAAAGCUUUAACUCCAUGAUAUAGACAUCAUUUUAAAUAAGCAGCCUUUCACUAAAACCACGUGGAUCUCAGGGUAAUUGAAUUUGGAAGUUGGCAUAGAGGUGCCAGGUACCUGUGUUCAGGUUGUGUCAGCCCCAUCACCAAUCUUCCAUACCCCCCACCCCUACUUGACAUUAAAAUGUUCUAGCAGUGGCUCACGGAAGAAAAGGACUGUUAUACACUGAGCCUACUUCAUUUGUAGAACUCUUUUAUUUUUAUUUUUUUGUAUUGUGUGUUUUUAUUUCCAUUUGAUUUUUAUUUUUUUUGUGUCUCUAUAUUUAUGCAUCCAUUCAGUCCCCUUUCUGUGCCAGUCUCUGCAAUUGCAAGCAAAAAUGCCAGUUUUGAUUCUCUUGUACAUAAAGCCGAUUCUAGAUUUUUGUAUUUCUUGUAAUAUAAAAUUAAAUAUUUAACACUU